GGAAGCUUGACUGAUCUCUUCUACAGAACAGUUCCCCACCUCCCAACUACACAUCCACAGAUUACGCAGUUGCAUCAAGGAGGCAGAAGUGUGGGUUGGAUUGGUUUUGUGUGUGUGUGUGUUCAAGGCUUGUGAACAGCUCUCAGUUGAAAUCUAGAAUGAAGCAGACUCCUCUUUUCAUCAGCCUCCUUGCUGCCUUCAUAGCCCUGGGAAUGGCUCUAGAAUGUGAGCAAUGUACUGGGCCAACAAGCCACUGCUCAGGACCUAUGAUGCAAUGCACCCAGGAGCAAGACACAUGUGUUUCUCGGGUGUUGAGUCUCAGCAUUUCUGGGUUAGACCAAAAUGUUUUUGAGAAGGGUUGCGGCUCAUCAAAAUUGUGCGGCAAAGGGCCCCAAAUCAUCAACAGUGGCCCAUUUGGAACAACAGUAAUCGAGACUCAUUGCUGUGUGGGAGCUGCCUGCAAAACAACAUGGCCCCCUACUCCAAGGAGAAACACCACAUUGAAUGGAAGGCAAUGCUCCACUUGCCCACCUGAUGGAACCGAGUGUAAGUUUCCACCCAUCAAAUGUGCUGGAGAGGAGACCAAAUGCUUUGAGAUAUCUGGAGCUACAACCAUAGCAGGACAAACCGCAAGCACCGUCCUCAAGGGCUGUGCAAAUGAACUGGCCUGUCAAGCAAUGGAAACAGGCACCAAAACAUUUGGGAAUGUGAUACAAGAAGUCAAGUCAGCUAAAUGCACAGAUGGGGCGGCCAGUACCAUCCCAGGAUCCCUCGGACUCCUCUUCCCAGCCCUUAGCGGGCUGCUGCUGGUCAAGUUCCUUGCUUGAUUCCCCAGUUGAUGCUAAGAUUGGAGAAUCCGCUUUGAGCUACUCCUCUUUGCUGCUUGCUUGUGGCUAUUAUUGAGGCCACCUACAGAUGCUGAAGAGCAAGGGCCAAAGGCCACUCUCCAGUCUUGUCUGUCUGGUCCUUGAGAGUCUUCCUUUGACACCUUCCUGCCCCUUUCACCCACCUUGAGCGCUUUUGGCUGCUUGGAAUGUGUCUUUGUGCUCCGAUGAUGCUUCUAGCUUGCCUGGUUGGAAGACAGAGAUGGAUGGCUGAGUGUGUGUGCACAAAAUAGUCUCCUAUGUAAAGGAGAGCUUUACAUUCGCUAGUCCCCAACGGUUGCCUCUGGCUCCGCCUACCAAAGGCAUGUGGCCCCCAGUAGUCUGCGCAGAAUGGAAUGUGGCCCUUGGACUUAAAAGGCUUUCUCAUCCCUGCCCAUAGUCUAGAAGCUCAUGUUUACAUCUAUUGGCCUCCAACAGGAGCAAAGGCUGAUGUUGACCAAGGGAGUUCUUGGCUGGUGUCUUUACCAGCAGAUGCCAAUGUUGGGUGGCAGGCAAAGGAGGCUGGCUGUGUCUGUACAAUGCACAACUGGGUCUGGAUAGUGGCCAGCAGUCACCAGCGAUGCCCUCCUGGCCAGUGGUAUUUCCAUCCUGAUUCAGCACUGGGUCACAUAGUCAGCAUGCACCUUUUCACUGAGCUAGGGCUUUUCUCCAGGAAUUGGUGAAUCUGCCCAUUUCUCCCAAUGUCUCCCAUUCCCCCACCGCAUAAUAGUUCAUAAUAGUUCAGUUCUCCACAUUUCUGCAUUAUAUUUUUUUAAAAAAAUAUGGAAUAAAGGUCACAAAAAUCAUCACCAUUUUAGUGUCCACUUCUCCUAGCAUACAUUUUUUGUAUGUUAAGCAUUCGCAACGUUUGCAAGCGAUUUCCUGUAAUAUGCAUUUUUGCACACUAUAUUUAAUGAGUUUUAAUGCACAUUAACAUAUGUGAUUAUGUGCACAUUGGUUGCUUGCAGAACAGUGCUACAGAAGUAGAGAUUCUGAAGGAUACCUGCUUUUUGGUUCAUGCCCAACCCAAUCCUGGAAAGAAAUACACUAGCGCCAAAAAACAUCAUUUAGAAAUGUUUAAUCUGAAGAAAACUGCCCUCAGUGCCCUGGGCCGCUUUGCAACAGUAGGGUAAGCUCAACUCCACCACCAAAAUUGUACAAAAGUUAUGGGAAAGAGGCAAAAAAGGAGAGCAAGUAGUAAAUUGGUAUCCUUUGAUAGACAGCUUGCAGCACCCUACGCAGCUGACACUGAUAAGAGCGCUUUGCUUUAUUUUCUUCCUCUAGUGAUGAAGUUGUCUCCUCUCAUAAUUCAGUCCUGGUUCCACUUUUGUAGUAGAUGUUGGACUCUUGUGCAGCAUUUUAUACACACACACAUACAUCUCACCCAACUUUUUUUGGGGGUAUUUUUUUUAAAGCUUCUGUAAAACCGCCAGGAGAAAAUUGUUAUUGGGAGGUAUAUAGAUGACAGCAGGUAAAUAAGCAAAUAAUCUCCCGGUAGUAUGGGAAACAUCGCCUUCGUAUGCAUCAAACCCAGGGAUGAAGCUCUGGGUUUUCAAAUUGUGCUGCAACGUGUGUCCGUGUGUGUGUCCAUGCAGGGGUGGCGACUUGGGCCCCAGAUCAUGCUUGCCCAAUGGCACCCGUGACGUAAUGUGACGUCAGGAUGUCACGUUACAUUGGCACGCUGCAGCGGCGCUUCCAAGGGCUCAUGGGGCCUCGGAGGUCAUGUCCGAUGCCUUGAGAGACAUCUGACGUGAAGUCACCUCAGAGGCCUGGCAGGGCCUUGGACAUCACUACCGAGGCCUUGUGGGGCAUCGAAUGCUUUGCAAGGCCUUGGACAUUGCCUUGGAGGUCACAUCAGGCUUGUGACAUAACUUCUGGUAGAAACUGGGAGCCCCACAUUGUGGGUGCCGAGUCCCCACAAAAAAAAUGUGAGUACCCAGGCCCCCAAGAGUUGUCGCCAGUGUGUCAGUGUGUACAAGAGAGAGAGAGAGAGCGCAAGGGAGGCAGAACUAGCUUAUACGUCACAGGAAAUUGCCUUGGAGAACUACUACAAGCAGAGUUCUCUCCCCUGUGAUAAACUAUAAUUGAACUGCUGUGCUGACAAUGCCAACAGUUUCUGCCUCUGAUCCCACCUUCCAGCUUUUGCUGGUACUGUAGUAAAACCGCUCCUUGAGUUGUUGUCUUUUUUAAUAUCAAGAAGUAUCUUAGUUGAUGAAGGAACAAAUCUAAUACUGUGUGGCUUUUUACCAUGUAUCUUUACUGUGCUAUAUGAGGCAUUCAUCCAUAUUCCCACCACCACCACAUAUGUAUUGAACCUGCGGAUUCCAUCAAAUGCACAUGCAGAGAUCUUUUAAAUAUGUGUGUGUGUGUGUGUGUGUGUGUGUAAUUGAAAGAAAUAAUAUACUUGGAAGUUGGGGUAUUAAAUAAAACGACACAAAUAAACCAA